GCUCUGCUCUUACCGGUAACAUGCCGAUUAUAGUGAAGGAUUUCACCUGGCAGCAAACGCAAAAGGAACUUUUCAUAUCAGUGCCACUAAAGGGAGCCAAGGCGUGCCAGAGUAAUGUGCUGUGUACCGAGGAUUACAUCAAGGUGAAUUUCCCUCCAUUCCUGUUUGAAUUCUUUCCCCUGUCGCCUAUUGAUGUUGACAAAAGUAGUGCAAAGAUUGGCAAUGGAGUUAUCCUCUUUACCCUACAUAAGCAGGAGCCAUCUAUUUGGGACGCCCUGUCUGCUGAUAAUAUGGAAAAGGAGGCAAUGCAGAAAAUCCGAGAGGAAGCUGUUGCUAGAGUGCAGGAGAAAGCUAAACAAGAUGCAGAGGCCAAAGCUAGGAGGAAGCGAGAAAAUGAGAAGUACUCUCUGGAGGUCAUGAUGAAAAUUGAUGAAGAAGAAAGAAAACAAAUAGAAACUAUUAAAGAAGAGGAAAGGCGGAAAGCGAGUGAAGAGCUGGAAACAUUUAAGGCACAACAAAAAAUAGAAGAAGAGCAGAGGAGAAUCCAGAAGGAGCAACAGAGAAAAGCGGAAGAAAAGAGGAAAAAUGCUAUAAACAAACCCACACAUUCCGAUCAUCUAAAACCCCAACUACGAGGUAAGCCAGUUAUUAUCUCUGAAAAAACUGUCAGUGAAAAAGUUUUGCCUCCCACCAGGAAGACUGGCAGUAUAAAAAUUCAAUUCACCCCCCGUGUUUUUCCUACGGCUCUCAGGGAAUCUCGUCUGGAAGAAGAGGAAGAGUGGUUGCAGAAGCAGGCAGCAGCCCGCAGAGCCAUUAACACUGACAACCUUGAGAUUCAAGACUUAAAGGAAGAGGAAAAAAACCCUGAAUGGUUGAAGGACAAAGCAAAUAAACUGUUUGCUGUUGGUGACUAUCUUGCAGCUGUGGAAGCUUUGAACCUGGGAAUACGAAUAAAUGACAAGAUCCCAGGACUGUACCUUAAUCGAUCAGCCUGUCAUCUUAAAUUAAGGAACCUUCAUAAAACCAUUGAGGAUGCCUCCAAGGCUCUGGAGCUGCUGACGCCACCCGUUCCAGACAAUGCUGCUGCCAGACUGAAGGCUCAUGUGAGGCGUGGAACGGCCUUUUGUGAGCUAGAACUCUAUGUACAAGGUCUACAAGACUAUGAAGCUGCCCUUAAGAUUGACCCUGCCAACCCUACACUGAAAUGUGACGCUCAGAAGAUUCGACACAUUAUCCAAGGCUCCAGUUCAGAUCAAGAAUGAUGAAACAUUUGUAUCGCU